AUCAAAUCCUAAUGUAAGGAGCACCAGAAGUCCCAAGAAGAUUUAGAUUACUUGAAGAACUCCAAAACGGAGAAAAAGGUAUUGGAGAUGGAACUGUAAGCUAUGGAUUGGAAGAUGCUGAGGACAUGUAAAUGACUAAUUGGAAUGGAACAAUCCUUGGACCAUACAAUACAUCAUUUGAGAAUAGAAUCUAUUCACUUAAAAUCACUUGUGGUCCUCAAUAUCCUAAAGUUGCUCCCCAAGUCAAAUUUGUUACUAAAAUCAAUCUCCCUUGUGUCCAAGCAAAUGGAUAGAUUGAUAUUAAUAAAUUUGGCAUUUUAAAAAAUUGGGUAUCCAAAAAUACUCUAGAAAACAUCUUAACAGGAUUAAAAAAUGAAAUGAGUUCCGCUGCUAACAAAAAAUUGUAAUAACCCCCUGAUGGCCAAACCUAUUGAGUGAAAAUAAAUCAAUAUAUAUAUAAAAGUAAGGAAAGUUUAUCAUUUUUAUUAUUCCUAAA